GACCAUCCAUUCAUCCAUCCGUCUUUGAUAUCUCUUCCUCCCUUCUCAAGGCCGCGACGAUCCCUCAUCCUGAGGCUGAUCAGUGGGACAUAGACCUCCAUCAUGCUCGCCUCACGAGUCCUCCGUGCAAAACCUGCUUUCACCCAUACACCGAUGAUUAAAUUCCUUGGCCAAAGGUCCUACGACAACGCUCCCCAUGCUCCCGCUCCCCAUCCUCAGGCACCUAAAGAAGUCGCUGAAAACUUUCAAUCCUUUCUCGCAAAGCUGCAAUCUAGUUCAAAAGGAUCAGAUUGGCCAAGCUCAACCCCAAAGGGUCAAUCAGUUGAACAGUCUUCAAAGGGUCAAACACCUCAAGACAAUGAUACAACCCGAGGACCAUUAGAAAAGAAGUCUGCGGAUUUUGAGAAUUUUUGGGACGCUCCAGAGAGGUUAUGGAUGCCGAAAGAGGUUUCUGAGCGGGAAAUCGAAGCAGUCAUGAGUGGAGGAGCGACAGAUAUACGUUCUGGGCCAUAGAAGGGAAUUAUCAGCAUGCAGAACAUCAAAUAGGCAUCCAAUCCAGUCAUUGUGGUCUGAUGAUGGUCUCGAUUUGGCCUCCUAGC